AUGUCUGCUUCAAAGACUCCCCUCAUACCUGUGGAGCUCUCUAUGCUCUCAAAGAUACCUAAUCUGGACACACCUAUGAGUAUCCAAGGAGCAUCCCAUGGAGAAGGAAUAUUUUGGGAUUUUAUCGCAUUUAAUGGGGCUCUAGGAGCAUUUGUCAGCAUCCCAGCCAAUGGGAGUGCUCCAAAAUCCCUUCGACUCCGCUUCGGCAACGGGCGCUCAAUGGAGCGCUUAGUAAGCGAUAAAAGUAAAGGAAAAUCGGAUAAUAUUCUUGGAGAUCUGUGGGACAUGCCUAAGCAUAUUGACCAGUGGAGAGAACUUCCAAAACCAUUCAUUCAGUGCUGGGACACUAACACAUCAAUGUUAUGA